UGCAUUUCGCGAUGCGUUGCAAAUUUUAUUGCUUAAACAAAAGCUAAUAAACUUUAUUAAACGCUACCGGUAUUACGCGGAAAAGUGAAUUAGUUCCUAACGCUGUCAUUAUGCAUUCGUAUAAAGUGGUGCGUAGUUGCUGUGAAUGAAAUCGCAGUGUGCGUUUAAGUUUUGUUUUGUUAAAUGCUUUUUAAUUUAUUAAACAAAAAAAAAAACAGAAUCGUAAAAGUAAAACGUUAUGUAUGCAAAAUUAACACGUAAAUAAAGCAAAAAUGUCAAGUGUAAGCUGUAAAAAGACCGCAGAAGUCGCCGCCGAUUCAGACAAAAGCGCGCAGAGCGUAGAAAUAACUUCAAAGACAACAACGACUGUGUCAGCUGCUCAGCCAGCAGCGGCAGCGGCAGCAACAAUAUCAACACAAGGGGACAUAAAAGUGGAUGAACCCAGCACGCCCAGCGCCAUAUCAUGUGAUUCCUUUAACAUAUUUGAGCCAACACCUUUGGAUAGCAUUAGCAUCAAGAGCAGUGCCAGCAAUUAUCUACACGAUUGUGAUGUUUAUGCCAAAAAACAAAAUGGCGCCGCCAUACGCACAAAUAGCCUAGGCUCUGGCACCCGCACCCCACCCCUCGAGCGCAAAAGCAAACUAAGUGCUCUGGGACGUUUCUUCAAGCCCUGGAAAUGGCGCCGAAAAAAGAAGAGCGAAAAAUUCGAAGCGGCCUCCAAAUCUUUGGAGCGUAAGAUUUCUGUACGUGCCAAUCGCGAUGAGUUAGUGCAAAAGGGCAUACUGCUGCCGGAGAAUACGCUGGGGAAUAUACCAGAGCCGGGUGAGGACUCAUACUACAGCGGCGCCAGCUCCAAUGGCACGCUGCUCUCAGCCGUCCACAACAAUUCCAUAAAUCAAGCCAAUAAUUCCAUAAAUGCCAAUACCUAUGGCAGCGCCGGCAAUGCGCUCAUCAGCCAGCAGCAGCAGCAAUCUGGAGGCGUGCCCAGCUCCAUAUCCGUGCAACAGUUUAAUGCAAAUUCCAUGCUCAACGGUGCCCAGGCGAAUUCCAUGGCCAAUGGCGCUAACGAUGGCGCCUCCGAUACUUCUUCGCUUAGCGGCGGCGUGCCACAUUCGCAGUCGGCGCCACAGCAGCUGAGCGUCGGUCCACAGGCCUCAGCGCCGCUUACACCGCUUGCCCAACAUCAGCAGGCAUUGGCCCAGCAGCUGCAGCAGCGUUUUGCCAUCAGCAAUAAUAAUGAACCAAGAAAAGACAAGACUGAUGCACAACAACACGGUGGCAAUGGCACAUUAUCAACACCCAAUAUUGAGCAGCCAACAUGCCAGGGUUCAAUGCUGCCGCCACCUGGCGGUGGUGGUGGCAUGCACCAUCAGCAGCAGCAGCAGCAGCAGCAGCAACAUAAUCAAAACGAUUCCAAUAACAAACUGGAGCGACCCAAUACAUUGGGUGGCAGCACUAAGCUGACGCGGCGUGGUGUUAACAUUUGCUAUCACAAUGAGCAUUAUGGCAACGAUGAUGGCAACAAAAUGAUGGGCGGUCCACCGGGCAGCACACCACCGCCAUAUGCUGGUGGCAAAUUGCCACCGGGCGUUAUGCUCAGCGAGCUGCCAGAGCCACCAAUACCUGUGUCUGAGAUUGGACCGAUCCCACCGCCGCCAAUGUUCUCCACGCCGAGCCCAACGCUCAUCGCUGGACGACCGCACGGGCCAGGCGCAAUGAACGAUCAGGACUAUCAGCAGGAUUACGACUAUGAUGAUCACGAUCCCGAUCAGGAGCUUGAUUCUGAUGACGAUUAUGCGCCAUAUGGUGGCAACCAUGUGCGUGUAAUGGACACACAACGCGUUGAGGAAAUUCCAGCCAAAGAGCCAAAACCAAAUGCAGUUCCUCUCAAGUCGGCGCUUAAGAAAAAGGGCGGCCCCAACAAUUCCGCCUCCACACCCGUUACACCCACACAGGAGCAUCACGGCGGCAUGGGCAGCCAACAGAGCAAUGCCACAGCAGCUGCCAUAGCCAACAGUAAUGGCGGCAUUGGUUCCAUGGCCGCAGCUGCUGCCGCAGCGGCUCAACACUCGGCCAAUCAGCGACCCUUGGUGGUGCGUCAAGACGCCACGGGCAACAACUAUACGCUCAAGCCUAUACUACGACCACGGAUUAGAAUAUGCAGGCAGCAGAUGUUCAAUAUACAAUUGCCAUGCACCGUGGAGAACAAGGAGAAUACAAGACCGUUUGUGAUACGCGAGAGCAGCAGCGACAGCGAUGAGAGCGAUGGCCACAUUGUCUACCGUGAUGAUGACAAUGAUAACACACGACUGGCCAAGCUGGCGCGCAAGGAGUCGCUGUCGCUGAAGCUGCAGCUGCGACCCGAUAAACAGGAUCUGAUUAAUCGCAAUAUACUGCAUCAGGUCAAUGACAAUGAGGCGAAGGAGUCCAAGGAAGCGAUUGGCGCGCGUCUCAUUAGACGGCUGAGCAUGCGGCCCACCGCCGAGGAGCUUGUCGAACGCAACAUACUAAAAACACAAUCACCCGCCGAGGAGAAGAAACAAAAGGAGGAGAAGAAAUCGUAUUUGCUGCGCAAGCUUAGCUUUCGACCCACUGUCGAGGAGUUGAAAGAGAAGAAGAUCAUACGCUUCAAUGAUUACAUUGAGGUGACGCAGGCACACGAUUACGAUCGGCGCGCGGACAAGCCAUGGACAAGACUGACGCCAAAGGAUAAGGCUGCCAUACGCAAGGAGCUGAACGAAUUCAAAUCCUCCGAAAUGGCAGUACACGAGGGCAGUCGCCAUCUAACGAGAUUCCAUAGGCCAUGACGAUUGCAAUGGCAGCAACUUUCCAAUAAAUUACAACAACAACAGCAGCCCCAACAACAACAACAGCAGCAGCAGCAGCAAACGCAACCCAAACAAUUGUAUUUUGUGCAGCAUUCAAUUGCCAACAAAUAUUUAAAAAUGAAACAUUAAAAACGCCGCAAAAAAUUUACAAAAAAUACACAAAAAAAAA